AUGCAAACAGUACGCCGGCGUCCUCUAAACGCGUUGAAGGAGCUCGGGCUCAAGGGCAAAAUGCGUGAAGCCGGCAGAGCUUCAAAAGAAUCCAAACACCGUCGCCUGGAGCCGGAGGCCGAAGACGAUGAAGAUGAGGACGACGUGGAGGACGAGGAGGCGGCCGAGGAGGACGAAUCUAUCCUCGAGAACCCGCUUCUGAAGAGAUUUGGCGAUGCUGGAUACCAACUCGGGGACGAAAUUUUACCGUAUCACAAUGUGUAUUGUAGCGUACCCGGACGUACCAGCCUCCUCAGCUCGACCACAAAGUACAAAGUGACCGUCGGGGAGAUACAGCGCAGAAUAAGUCCUCCGGAAUGCUUGAACGCCUCGCUGCUGGGCGGAAUUUUGAGAAAAGCCAAAGCCAAGGAUGGCGGAAAAACGCUACGCGACUCCUUACGACGAAUCGGGUUAGCGCUACCGGCUGGCAGACGCAAACAAGCCAUUGUCACGGCUUGGACGGCCCUGGUGGAAGAGGAAGCCGUGCACAUGGCCAAGGAUUUCCAGCUUGUGUGCGAGAAAGAGUUCCGCGCCCGGGAAUUUGGGAUUUAUUUGACGAAGAUUGGGCUGGCCAGGGAAGGAGGUGCCGGAAAGAGGAGGGAGGCUCUAGAAGCGACAAAGAGGAUCAUCGAUGAACUUGCUGAACUUGUCGCAUCUGACCGUACCCCGCUGACGGCACCGCUUCCGAUCUCGCCACGAUCGAUGCCAUUCGUCGACCCGGCAAUUCAACAUCAUUUGGCGCACUUCACGUUGGUAACCCACGGCUUCGGUUCCCUAGCCGUUCGAGCCGUGCUUGGCUGUGUUGGGAGAAUGGUAGACGAGUCUCUACACUUCUUGGACCGAGCGUUCCCGCCCAAUCAUGGAUACCAGAUAAUGUAUCGA